UGUAAAACAGCUGGUGGGCAAAUAGUGUGUAGCACCGUGCGGUUUAUGGGGGAAAUAACAACAAGCUAGGCAUAAUGAGGGUUCCAAUAACCCUGGUUUGGGCAGUUAUUCUUAUUCAGAAGGUCAUGGGUGAGCAUGGAAUGGCCCAUUUCAGUGACAAGGGCAAGAGCAGAGGAAAAGAUUACUGCAUAUUCUUCAACUCACAAUGGGCACGAUUACCUCAGGACCUCAACAAAGCAUCCCGUCUCCAGAUCUAUGACCUGACAGAGUCGGUCCUGUGCUUGCCCUCUGAUGUGCCAGAAGGGGGCUUCCCUAACCGCAUUCCCAUGGUGAUGAGGGGAAACUGUACCUUCUACGAGAAGGUCCGAUUGGCACAGCUCAACGGUGCCAAGGGGUUGCUGAUUGUCAGCAAAGACAGACUGACCCCCCCAGCAGGAAACAAGAGCCAGUAUGAAGAGAUCGACAUCCCUGUAGCACUGCUCAGCUACACAGAUAUGCUGGACAUCAGCAAGACUUUCAGGAAGGGGAGAGAGGUUGCCAUGUACGCUCCCAAGGAGCCGGUCUUGGACUACAACAUGGUGAUCAUCUUCCUCAUGGCGGUGGGAACCGUGGCCAUAGGGGGCUACUGGGCAGGAAGCAGGGACAUCAAGAAACGCUACAUGAAGCACAAGAGGGACGACAGCUCGGAGAAGCAGGACGAGGAGACGGUGGACGUGACGCCCAUCAUGAUCUGCGUGUUUGUGGUCAUGUGCUGCAGCAUGCUGGUGCUGCUCUACUUCUUCUACGAUCACCUAGUCUACAUGAUCAUAGCCAUCUUCUGCCUGGCGUCGUCAGUGGGGCUGUACAGCUGUCUCUGGCCUUUCGUCAGAAGACUCCCCUUUGGGAAGUGCAGGAUCCCGGAGAACAACCUGCCGUACUGUCACAAGCGUCCCCAGGUGCGCAUGCUGCUGCUGUCGGCGUUCUGCAUCAGCGUCAGCGUGACCUGGGGGGUGUUCCGCAACGAGGACCAGUGGGCAUGGGUGCUGCAGGACGCUCUGGGCAUAGCUUUCUGCCUCUACAUGCUCAAAACCAUCAGACUGCCCACAUUCAAGGCCUGCACCUUGCUGCUCGCCGUCCUUUUUGUAUACGACAUUUUCUUUGUGUUUGUAACCCCCCUCUUCACCAAGAGUGGAGAGAGCAUCAUGGUGGAGGUAGCGGCUGGCCCCUCGGACUCCUCCACUCACGAGAAGCUUCCUAUGGUGCUGAAAGUGCCCAGGCUAAACUCCUCCCCCUUGUCGCUAUGUGACCGGCCCUUCUCACUCUUGGGCUUCGGGGACAUCUUGGUACCAGGUUUGCUUGUAGUGUACUGUCACAGGUUUGACAUCCUCAUGCAUUCCUCCCGCAUCUACUUCCUGGCCUGCACCAUCGGGUAUGGCAUUGGCCUGCUCAUCACGUUCGUGGCGCUGGCUCUGAUGCAGCAGGGCCAGCCCGCCCUCCUGUACCUGGUGCCCUGCACUCUGCUCAGCAGCCUGGCGGUGGCGCUGUGGCGCAGGGAGCUGCCCCUCUUCUGGACGGGGAGUGGCUUUGUGCCUCCCAUAGUCCUUGCACCAAUCAACUGCACCCAAGUUCCAGCCCUAUGCCCAAAGGAUGAUCCCUUGGCCAAUCCCGAUCCACAUGGCCUUGAGGAAACCAAUCAGAGUGAUGAGGAUCCACCUCCUCCUCUACGCCAGGACACGCCUCCUCCUGAGAAAGAGGCCAGCAAAUCAGAAUAAGGGACUUCUAGGAUACCAAUUUCUAAAUUCAUUUCAUACAUUUGUUGUUGUUGUUGUUGCUUGAUUGAACUCUGUUAGUAACGUAAACUCAUUAUGAACACUAAAGUGUACUUCGUGUGAAGGGAUGGAGAGAAAAAGACACCACCUCCCAGCUGUCGCGUUCCCUCGCAGGGGCGGAGUCGGCAGGCUGCGAAUGGAAGUCAGGCUAGGUCCAGGUGAUCACUGCGUAUAUUAACACUAACCCAUCCCCUCCUUCAUGUGUUCUUCACUCUCAAGAGUUGGAAUGGCACACGACCCAUAGAGGAAGACUUAAAAGGCCCCAACAACACUUAAGUCCUCCCCGGUUCUACUUCACGCCAACCCCCUUUUGCAGACUAGACAUCGCCGCUUACUGUGAGUGAGAUGUUCCAGCAUUAAAAGCCUGACUGGCUAUUCUUGCCUUCACUCGCCUCUUCCAUUAUCCAAUCAGGGGUGGCCUGGCCCACCAGCAAGAUAUCUCCAGUAUCAUCGCCUUGUGGUGCUGUCACUAAAUCUGAGUUAGCCAAAUAUAUCAGAUGACUAUUGAGUAGGGGUCUGAAGCUAAUAUUGUAUUGAACAUUUGGAUUUAUUUGAUUUGAUUUAGUAUGCUGUGGGUUUGGUUUGACCCAGUCAGGAACACAGUGUAUGGUCAAAUAUUACGCACAGUCGGUGGUUCAGCAGUAAAAAUGCUGUUUUCCAGUUGGUUCUGUUAUGUCUUAAAAAAGUGAUUUGGGCCUUUUGAGAUUGAAUAUAUGUGUGUGUGUGUGUGUGUGUAACUGUCUGAAAACAGUACUGUACUCACUGUGCUGCCAUUUGUAACAAUGAGGAGAAAAAUUAUGUUUCAAUGUUGCUGAUAUCUCGUAACCAAUGGUCGCGGAACUAGGUAGUGAAUCUUUACUCCACAUUUGCACAGUGAUUUUUCUUUUUCAAAGUCAUGGCGUCAAUUGGAGGUUGUUGAAAGUUGCAACUUCCUUUGAUUCAGAAUUGAUUUGAUUCAGUGUUGUCCAUCUAUAUAUUAUCGUGUAGGGCUUGAAAACACUGGAAUUCAAUGAUGUCAUUGUGUAUUCCACAUGCUUUCUUUGCCUUUUUUCUAUUUGUGACCUGAGGAUUGGAGCAAUAGAUCAAGUAUAUUCUGUAGCUUUGUUCUUUGCUUUUCACAAAGUGAUCAUGCCUAACCAAGUCAGCAGUCAUACGCAUAUAAUCAGUCAUAUCGGCUGUCAGCACAAGUGUGUAGUGAGGAGACACCUAGUCAGUACUGGAGCCAUGGUAACAGCCUGCAGAGGUCAGGGGUCAACACCAGCCAAGGGGUUAAUGGGAUUGGUUGGGACGUCUUGCUGAUUUCCACUGCUCAAACGUUUGACAGACAGGAUGUUUGAUGUCACCAAGUGGUUUUUAAAUACCUCAGUUGAGGACUAAAUAUAAUAAAGAAACAAAGCAUUA